AUGCAGAAGCACGGCAUUAUCCUGCUGAACAGUGUCGAGUGGCCAGUCAUGAAGAACCUACUUGCGGCACUGAAACGACUUCGCCACAGGAGCAAGCCACGCAAGCUCUGGAUCGAUCAGCUUUGCAUCGAUCAGUCAAACAACGACGAGCGAGGCCAGCAAGUCAAACUCAUGGCUAAAAUCUACAGCCUUGCAGAAGAUGUCCUAGUCUGGCUCGGCGAUGGGCCUGACGACAACUACAAGAAUCAUGAGCACGACCAAUGCUGCUGGAAAUUGUCGCCGAACCUGAAAGACUGGACCAUGGAUCACGGUUCUCACUGUUACAUCGGACGCAAGAGUGAGUGGCAGUCUUCAUACUUGAGCGAACUUCUACACAGACACUAG